CAUAUUUGAAAUAUGGCUGAGAGUGACCUCCUCUACCCAGAGAACCCAAGGAGGCGGGAAGAAGUACACCAUCUUCACCAACAGCUCCUUGACUGCUUAUCGGACAGCUUCCGUGCCACCAAUGAGCUGAUUGAAGUUUUAAAUAUGCAUUUGGGGUGCAGGCUGGCCUCCAUUGAGAUGAACAGAAAUGGGACCAUCAAAGAAAACUGUGAUACCAUUAUCCAAGCCGUGAUGAAAAUCCAAAAGGAAUUGCAAAAGGUUGAUGAAGCACUAAAAGAUAAACUAGAGCCAACCCUUUAUAGAAAACUUCAGGAUAUUAAGGAAAGGGAAACAGAAAAAAUUGCAAUCGUACAAAAGGUUAUUUCAGUCAUCCUGGGAGAAGCCACUUCUGCAGCCAGUGCAGUGGCUGUUAAACUCGUGGGCUCAAAUGUCACAACUGGCAUAAUUAACAAGUUGGUCACUGUGUUAGCUCAAAUUGGUGCUUCUCUCCUUGGUAGCAUAGGAGUUGCUGUUCUUGGCCUUGGCAUAGAUAUGGUCUUCCGUGCCAUCCUAGGAGCAGUAGAGAAAACGCAGCUACAAGCAGCCAUCAAAAGUUAUGAGAAGCAUCUGGUGGAAUUCAAGUCAGCCUCAGAAAAAUAUCAUCAUGCCAUUACUGAGGUCACCAAUACAGUGAAACACCAAAUGAAAUAAACAGCCACCUUAUUCGCCACUGGAAUAUUUUCUGCUUCUCUUUCAAUAAUAGUGUUUGGUUUCUUGGAUUAGCUUCAUUUUCCAUAAGCUUCCAACAUAGACAUAAAUACCGUAACAGAUUGGGAAGAUUCCUUGAGUUUUGCAUCAGUAACAAAUGUCUGGACCAGUUGGUGCUAAACCGUGGGAGAGAAUCCCAGGAUUCUUCUAACUCUCCUCUACCAGCUCAAUAUUAGGGUACAUGCUAAUGUAGAGUAGCAGGUGUAGGGGUUGCCUUUUCCUUUCUAAUAUCAAGUAAAAAUCUUUAAAAUGUACAUUGAAUGCAACGAUUUUUAUUCCUAACACUUCAGACAUCAUUUAGUUCUAAGAGGACAUACUUUGUAAUUUCUGCCUGGACACAAAUCCUGGGCCUUUGAAUGUAAUAGAAAACACUACCAUAAU